AUGCCUCCCACUGGAGGUAAGCGAUACCUCACGUCUACCGCAGUCUUUCUCAACGAAGUCACCAAGCUUGCGAUUUCCUUGACGGUGGCCCUCUACGAAGUUUCGAGAUCAGCUCCCCCAUCGAUGCCUGCAACGUCGCUCCUCUCUUCGCUGACCGGUACUGUGUUCUCCGGUGACAGUUGGAAACUUGCCAUUCCUGCCAGCUUAUACACACUCGCGAACUCUUUGCAAUAUAUUGCACUUUCCAACUUGCAGGCCGCAAACUUCCAGGUGAUGUACCAGUUGAAACUCCUCGUCGGCUCCAUUUGUGGCCUUGUUCUCCUGAAGAGAGCUAUACCGCUGCGUAAAUGGGGUUUCCUGAUUCUUCUUCUCGUCGGCGUCUAUCUUGUGCAAAUGCCAGAUGGAGCCACCGAUGAAAUCUCACUUGAUCACGAGGCCGUGCAUCACUCUUUCCCCCGCUCAUUCGAAGAAUGGAAAGCUGUUAGAGGAAAACGAGCCAAUUUGCACAAGCGUUCAGCAACCUACGAGGGCAUCGAAGAGGACCUAUUGACGGCUAUGCCGCGAUUGAACAGCACAGUUGGUCUGCUGGCCACGAUUGGGGCCUGCGUCGCUUCGGGGCUCGCCGGGGUAUACUUUGAAAAAGUACUAAAAGACAGCGUAAAAUCCACCUCUUUGUGGGUGCGUAAUGUGCAGUUGUCCGUAUAUUCUUUGUUCCCAGCCCUCUUCAUCGGUGUCGUCUUCCUCGAUGGGGAAAAGGUCGCCGCAAACGGCUUCUUUGAGGGCUAUAAUUGGGUUGUUUGGUCCACUAUCAUGGUUCAGGCUAUUGGGGGAAUCACGACCUCUUUCUGUAUCAGCCAUGCAUACAAGGACGCAAGAAACGUGGCCACUGCUAUUAGCAUUGUUCUCAGCACUUUGGGGAGUAUGUGGUUGUUUGGUUUCGAACUCACAGGGAACUUCAUCCUUGGGACUUUCGCGGUGCUUGUGGCCACAUUCCUCUAUGAGGAUUCUAGCUUAGAUUCCAGUCCUACUAAAGCUCACAGCAUCCGUCCGCCUCCAAUUCGGAUCGAGCGGUUUGAGAAGGAAGCCAAGAGCGACGAGACUUCACCUGUCGCAGGUCCGCAGGACGAAUUCUCGAUAAAGCUGCCGAGCACCCCAUUCCUGUCUCAAGCUGGGUUGUCCACCUCCAGACCCACGUCGCCAGGCGUUGCUAGAAUCAGCUCUGGUCGCACUGCAAGUGGCGGUUAUUUCGAUAAGCAGUCACGGGACGAGUGA